AUGGAAAGUUAUUCAACAUAUGAAUUUAAAGAUAAUUUAAUAAUAAAAAUUAUAAGAACUAAUGAUGUUAAAAAGAGAUUUUACAGUUAUACAGAAUAUAUUUUGGAGUUUAAGGUUCUGAACAGUCAGAAAGUUCUGAAGAAAAGAUAUUCUGAUUUUGUUACCUUUUAUGAUUUAUUAAAAAAUGAGUUACUUACAAAAUUCAGUGAAUCCUUAGAAAAAAUUAGUGUUCUUCCCUCCAAAAAAAUAUUCGGAAGGUUCAACUACAAUUUUAUAGAAGAACGUAGACAACAACUGGAAUCCUUUCUGAUGAAUAUAACAAGAUAUAAAAAUGUAUAUCUAUGUGACAACUUCUAUGAAUUUUUGUGCUUAGAUAAUAUAACAAAAUAUUUAUACAAGUUAAUGUGUACUAGAUUAGAAGAUAUUUGUAAUAUUCAGAAAUUAUUAAAAAAGAUUAAUUAUAUUUUAUUUAUGUCACGAAAUAAUACAUUGAAAAGUGCUGAAUGUGAUAUUAUAAAUUAUUUAUAUUAUUUAAGAGAGAAUAUAAAAUUAAAUAAUGAAAUAAAAUUUUUUAUAUUAAAUAUAUUUCUUCAUCAUUUAACAUAUACUAAAACAUCAGAGAAUUUAUUGAAUGUUACUUUGAUGAGAUUUUCCUUUGAUAUUAUUUAUGAAAAUUUAUUAAGUAAUAGUAUAAAUGAGGUUUUAUUAAAAACAUCUUCUGAAACGAUAUUAAGAAUUGUUGAUAAAAGAAGUGAUGUAUUUUUAGAUUAUUUAAAAAUUUAUAACUUUAAACAAAUAUGUACAAUAUUUAAUAUUAUAAAUAGAAAAAAAGAAAAACAAGAUAAUAAAAAAAUUGAUAAUAUAGUAUUUAAUAUAUAUAUUUUAAUAUCUUUAUUAUUAUUAUCUUCUAUCCAUAUUAAAGAUAUUCAAAAUUUUUUUAUUAUAAAAAAUAAUAAUAAUAAAGGUAUACGUAUAUUAGGAUAUAUGUAUGAAAGUCAGAAUAUUAAUAUACAAAUUAUUUGUUGUAUUAUUUUGUCUUUACUUAUAAUUAAUAAAACUAUUAAAGAUGAAGAUGUUAUUUAUAAAACUAAAAUGUCUAUUUUAUUAAUUCAAAAUGAUAUACAAAAUAUAAAAAGUGUGGAUUAUCAAUUAAUAGAAAUAAUUUGUAGUAAAAAAAAUAUAAACCUCUUAAAUUCUAUUCUAGAUUUAUUAUUAAAAGAUAAAAUAUUAAAAUAUGAUUUAACCUUAAAUGAUAUUGAGCAUUAUGAAAAAUAUACUAUGUAUGAUAAUCCCUUUGAAAAAGAUUUAUUUUAUGAACAGAAAAUUAAAUAUGCAGAUUUUUCAAAUAAUGAUAUUAUUUUACAGUUUAUACUUUUUAUCAUCAACAUUGGUGUCACUGAAUUUUUCUUACUUAAAAAAAAUUAUAAAUUUCUUAUGAAAAAAAAAAAAUUAAAAAUCAAACUAAAAAAAAAAGAAUUAUCUGAAAAAAUGAAGCUAAGAAAAUUUAAUAGAAAAAACAAGCAGGCCCAAUUUAUGUUAACUGAUAAGGCGCAGGAUUAUAAUAUGAGCCCACAAAAUAGGAAUAAAAAUAUAAGGGGCAACGAAAAUAACAAUAAACAAAACAAGAGUCAAUCAAAAAAAAGAGAAGAAUAUAUGUAUAUGUCCAAGUAUUGUGAUGCACCUAUGAAGGAUGAUGACGACGAUAAUGAUGAUUAUAAUGAAGGGUAUAGGAACUGUUUAGAGUCUGAAAGGAAUAAAAAUAGAAAGAAGCAUCUAUAUGAAAAUUAUGAAGAUGAUGAUGAUGAUUAUGAAGAUGAUGAUGAUGAAUAUGAUGAAGAUGAUGAUGAAUAUGAUGAAGAUGAUGAAGAUGAUAAUGAUGAUAAUGAUGAUUAUGAAGAUAACGAUGAUUAUGACGAUGAUUAUGAUGAUGAUGAUGACGACGAUGAUGAUGAUGACUAUGAUGACGACGAUGAUGAUGACGAUGAUAAUUCCUAUUAUGAUACCCCUUAUGGUAAUAAUAAUAAUUUUAAUGUUCGUUUGAAAGGACAAAUGAACAGAAAGUUAAAUAGAAGAAUUCCUAAUAAAAAAAAUAAGCGUAUGAAUAAAAAAGGAAAGAAAAAAAAGAAAAAUAUAGAACCUUGUAACGUUUCAGCAACGAGUUCUUGUAUUUCAUCUUUGUAUUCAUUUUCGAGUGAUUAUGAUAGUGCAACAAAUAAUAAUAACAAUAAUAAUGAUGCUGAUAAUGAUUAUAAUAAGAAGAAAAAAAAAAAAAAUGUUUCAAAUUUAAACAUGCAUGUUGUAAAGAAUAUAUCGUAUGAUGACGAUUUUAGUGUGCAUUCAGGGAGUAUAAAAAAUGAUCUUUUAUUUUUAGAAGGAGAAGGAAGUGACAAUGAUGAGGUUGACGAUGACAUUGAUGAUAAUGAUUAUAAUGACAAUAAUAAUGACAAUGACGAUGACAAUAAUAAAAACAAUUGUGGAGAAAAUAUAAAUAACAAAUAUAAAAAUAAUAAUACAAAUAAAAAUACAAAUAAGAACCUUUCUAGUUCUUCAAAAUAUAAUAAAAAGAAUGUAACAUCAUCUGAGUUGCGAGAAGAAAUAAAAAUGUUGAAAGAUAAUAGAAAAAAGUUUGUGCGUAGGAUAAGAAGAAUAAAUGAACAGAUAUUAUUAAUAUUAUGUAACGAAAGGAUGAUACAUAAUAUAUAUAAGUGUGCUAAUUUAAAUAAUUAUAAAAUUAAAUUUUAUGCUUCUAUAAUAUUAUCAUAUAUACCAAAUAUAAAUGAAAUGUUAUCAAGUUUUUCUAAUCAAGAUUAUUUAAAUAAUAAUAAUAAUAAUAAUAAUAAUAAUGAUAAUAAUAAUAAUAAUGAUAAUAAUAAUAAUAAUAAUGAUAACAGUGUGUAUCAUAAACCGCUUAACAGCAAUAUAAAUAAUGUAGAUAAUAUGAACCAUGAAGAUUAUAUAAAGAAUGAUAAUUCAAAAGAUUUUGUAGAUUCUGAAAAAGAAAAAAAUAAUUUACAAUAUUUAUCUUAUGGACCAAUUGAAAAUAUUACAAAAUCAUCAUUUGCUUCUGAUAGUCUUAAUAUUAGAAAGAAUAGUAAAAUUUUCAUAUGUAGUGUUGAAGGAGAUUAUUAUAAUUAUAUUUAUAAGUUUAAUAUUUUUAAUGUCUUAUUAUUUUAUUUAUUCAAUGAAACAUGUUUUUAUGAGCAUAUACUUGUGCAUUUAAAGAAAUAUAUUGAAGAACAGAGUUCUCUUAUGAAUUUAAAACAUUUUAAAAUAAAAAAAAAUGAAUUUGUAAAUACACUCCUUUUUAAUAAUAUUGGUAAAAAUAUGCAAAAGAAAAAUAAAGGAAAACAAGGAAAAAAGAAUAGGAAUAAAAGAACUUAUAAAAAAGAAAGUUUUCUAAGUACAGCAGAUGAUAAGAUGAAUACAACACCGAAGGGGCCUAUGUCAUAUGGAUAUAAAAACAAUUAUAGUAAUAAUUCAUAUUAUAAUGAUAGUAGUCAUAUUAAUUAUAUGAGUAAGAAGAAUAAUGUUCGUACGGGUGAAUGUGUUAUAAAAAAUAAUAAAGUUGGAUAUGAUAAAAAUGAUGACAAUAAAGAUAAUAUAAAAGGUAAUAUAAAAGAUAAUAUAAAAGGUAAUAUAAAAGAUAAUAUAAAAGAUAAUAUAAAAGGUAAUAUAAAAGAUAAUAUAAAAGGUAAUAUAAAAGGUAAUAUAAAAGAUAAUUCGUUAGAUAUGGAACAUGCGCUUGUAGAGUACAAUCCAAAUGAUGAUAGUUUAUUGGAAGGAGAGGAUGUAAAUAAUGACAAUUUUGAUAAUAUAAAAAUGAAUAUUAAUAAUAUGAAUAGUAUGAAUAGUAUGAAUAAUAUGAAUAAUUCAAAUAAUGUUAAUUAUAACAAUGAACAAAUAGUUUUAUAUAGUGAAUCAAAGAUUUAUGACCAUAUGCAUCACGUUUUUAAUUACAUUUCGAAUAUAAGAAAAUUUGGACUUUUAAAUAAUUAUAUUGUUGAAUUAUAUAUGAGCAUUCGAAAGAAAUUAAUGACGAUUGAUAUGUAUUUUCUUUUUGAUAUAAUAGAAAAGAAAGUAUAUGAGAAGAAUGAAAUGAAAGAUAGGAUCAAUAACUUAAAGAAAGAAUAUGAAUGUGUUAAUAUAACAUAUAAUGAUUAUAUAAACUUACAAUAUGAAUGUAAUAAAUUUAUAAGUAUAAUAGAUAAGUUAUAUGAAGAAUUAGAUGAUAUUGAAAAAAGAAGAAAAAAAAUAUUAAGAAGUCAUAAAAUAGUACAUGUUAAUGUUUGUAAUUAUAGAAAGAAAUUAAUACAUAUAGAAAAAAUGAUAGAAGAAGCUCCUACUAUGAAAAAAUGUAUAAAUGAUGAAUUAUAUAAAAUAAAAAUAAAUGUAGGUUUAUAUAAAAAGGAUAGAAAAAAAUUAUCUUUUUUUAUAUUGUUACAUAAAUUUUAUUUAGAUAAUUAUAAUAUUGUUUUAAAUAAAUUAAAAAAUAUGAAUAAUUUAAUACAAAAUAUAGAAUUAUUAUCUUCUACAGAUUAUGAAAAAAAUAAAAGUUUAAUAUUUAAAGAAUUCUCUUAUCUAUUAUGUAAUGAUAUUGUAUUAAUAGAGUUAUUAAAAAAAAAAUGUAAAAUUGAAGUUGCAAAAAAUAAAAAUUAUUCUUUAUUAUUAUCAAGGGAGAAAAAAAUGGAUACUUUUAAUUAUAAUAUAUGUAAUGAAAAUAAGUUAGUCAUAAUAAAUAAAGACAAUAAUAUGAAUGAUCGUAGGGCGAUGGAUUUGUUUAAAGGAAAGGAUGACUUGCUUGAUAAAUAUUCUUAUUAUUUGAAUAAUGAUAAUGUAUUCAAUAUGGGGGACAUGAGGGGAUCUCAAUAUAAUAAUUCAUUGGAUGAUAUGGAGAAUAUGAGAAAUAUGGAGAAUAUGAAAAAUAUGAGAAAUAUGAGAAAUGUGAGAAAUAUGAAAAAUAUGAAUAAUAUGAAUAAUAUGAAUAAUAUGAAUAGUAUGCAUAAUAUGGAUAGUAUAUAUAAUAUGCAUAAUAUAUAUAAUGAUAAUAACUUAUAUGGUAUGUCUAACAACUCAUACAAGAACAUGCAGAAUACCUUUAAUGACAACAGCAGUGACAGUGAUGAUGUUUUAAUAAAUAAACUACAAAAGAAGGAGCAAGGUCAUAUGAAAAAUAUGUUAAAUCAUAAGAAUGAUUAUUAUAAUAAUAGAGGGCAAACAAAUUCAAUAUAUAAUUUUGAUACAACUCUUGAAGAUUUUAAUAAUAAUAUUAAAGAUAAUAAAGUUAUUUUAUCAGUAGAUGAAAUAGGUAUUGAAAAAAAUGUAAAGAUGAAUGAGAAAAGAGAACCUACUAAUAAUAAUAAUAAUAAUAAUAAUAAUUAUGAUGAUAACAAUUAUAAAACAACUAGUUAUUAUAAUAAAAAUUAUAAAGAUGAUAUUUACAAUGAAUAUAAUGAAAAAGAUAAAAUGAUGAUGUUACCUUAUGAUGAUCAAAAUGAAGAUGUAGCACAUAUCACACUGGAUGAAGAAGAAAUAGAUGAAGACCAUGAAAUGGAUGUGGAUGAAUUAGAAGAGGAUGCUUUGAACACUGAAUUUGUUUCAAGUGAUGAAGAUAAUGUCGAUUUAAAAAAGCGAAUUGAUGAAUUUAAUAAUUAUAAAAAUGAAGAUAUAAAAGGUUUAUUACCAGAAGAUAUAAAAGUAGAUGAUACCCUAACUAAAAAAAGAUUUAUAGAAAUAUUAGAUAUUAUUAAAAAUAGAAAAAAACAAAUCGAAAAAAUGACAACACAUAAAAAUAGUGAGAUAUAUAAAAAUAUACAUAAAUAUAAUACAUUAUUAAAUAAAUGUAAUAUGCAAAUUAAUUUCAAUCAAAAGAGAUAUGCUAAGUUGAGGAAGCAAAUGGGUUCUAUAAAUACAAGUACGAUGAUAAAGAAGUCUGAAGCCAUAUACAAAACGAUCAGAGAAUGGGACGAUAAAAUCAACUUACUGAAUGACGAUAUAAAAGUUGUUGAGAACGAGAAGAAAGAAAAAGAAAAAGAAAUCGCUAUGCAAAAAAAAAAGCUCGAUAAAAAAGAAAAAGAGAAAAAUCAAAAAAAAGAAGAAUUACGUUUAUUAGUUACAGAAAUGUAUAAACAUAAUAAUAAAAUCAAAAAAAAAUAUAAAAAAGAUGAAAAAAUUAUCUUAUUAAUAUUAUAUAAUUCUUGGUUCUUAUAUCAUUAUAUAUAUAUCAUAUAUUUAAAUACUAUCAAAUUAAAAAAUUUUUUAUCAUAUAAACAAAAUAUAAAUGAACAAUGUCUUUCAUCCGCUAAACAAACUAUUUUAAAUAUUAACUUUUUUUCCGAGCUCUUAGAUGAAAAUGAUUGUCAACAUUUUUAA